AUGGACACCGACAGCGUGGGCGUCAGACGAGUGGGCGUGGUGAACCUCAACACGCGCCCGUCCAUGGUCCUCGUGGAGGCGUAUCAGCACGCCCAGCUGUGGUGUCGGAAGGAGUUCAACUGCUCCGUGCCGCUGCUGGUGAACGACAUGCCGGCGAUGCAGUACCUCGCCAGCAUGCCGACGGACGAGGGCACGCCGUACGUGGACAUGCACCUCUACUUUGUCUUUUUCGAGGUGCUGAAGAAUGCCCUUCAAGCGAGCCUGCGCCACGGACGCGGCGACGCCGCGGCUGGCCAUCCUCAGGAGAUACCGCCCGUGUCCGCCACGAUGGUGUCCGGGACCUCCUUGAACGAGGAGAACGAGCGUAUGGUGAGGAUCUCGGACUCGGGGUGGGGAGUUCCCCGCGACGACGUGAACAAGGCGCGGCUCCCCGGGGGCCUCGGCCUGGGCGUGAGCCGCGUGCUCACCAGGCCGGAGGGGCCCUCGGCCUCGCCGGGGCAGCCCGGGAGUUCCGCUGUCGACGAUACUUCGGCGGAGAGAUCUAUCGGCACCGCCAUCGCCAGAGCCGCCUGCCCACUGCGCGGCACUGGCGCCCGGGGCCGCCACGCGCUGGCCAAGCUGGGCCGCGGCGACUGCCCGGCGGGGGUGGUGGCCGCCCACACGCUGCUGAGCUCGCCGCGGCGGCGCAGCCACGGCGACCACAAGUGGCUCCUCGAGGGCGCCGGCGCGGAGCACGGCGAGGAUGGGAGCGCCACGCGAUGCGUCGUCCGGAGCGACCACCACCCCCAGAGGUUCCUCUGCGCCCGCGGCGCGGUCGAGCUCGUCAGCGGGGCCAGGGACGAGAGCCGGCUCUGGGAGAUCGAGUACCUCCACGACCACCCGCUGCGGACGGACGCGGUGAAGCCGCCGUUCCGCCUCCGCAGUCUCGGCAAGCCUGGCAGGCCCUACCUGGUGGUGGACGCUGACCUCGGCGGCGUCGCGCUGCAGUCGGAGCGCCCCGCCACCCUGUGGGAGUUCUUCGACGCGGCCGGCAGCACCGCGAGCCUCCAGGUGACCUUCGCCCGCAGCCUCAGCGGCUCCCUCUGCCGCGACGAGUCCCCCGUGCGGCGCGCGCCGUCCGCGGUGGCGGAGGCGUGGCAGCUCAAGCAGGUGAGCGGCAGUCUGGAGGACGUGCUCUCCGCGCAGCCCGACACACAGGACGGGGCCCGCGCGUACUCGGCGCCCGAGGUCUUCUUCUCCAUCGGCGAGGCCCUGUGCAACGCCACUGAGAUCGCCCAGCCGCCCAGCACCCUCUACGGCGUCUAUGCGGGAGGGCUCCCGCCGAACCUGCGCAGUUGCGAGUCCAUUCCUUCGGCCUCGUAG